AUGAGUCUUGAAUUACAUAUGGGAGAUGAGCGAGUUCGUACGGCAGGAUUAACACCAGCAGAACGAGAUUGGCGCCAAAAAUUUUUGAAAACCGAGCAAUUGCAUCCUGACGAGCCAAUUCAUGUGGACGCCGUGCACCGACAAAUGAAUCCUGUUCGAGUUAUUUAUCGAAUGCCUUGGGAUUACCUCUACAAGCAUUUCCUUCGUCCAACUUUUGGAGCAUACCGAGCUACAAUUAUUCGUGCUUAUGUGCCAAGAGUUAUGAUUUUAUGGACUGUUGCUCUCUGUGGGCAUUAUUAUUGGAAAUACGAAUUGAAGGUAGAUAUGCUCGAUUAUUUAUUUCUAUAUUCAGACAUGGGAACGAGCUCUUGGUGUUGCACCUUUCUACAUGUUGCAAGAUUAUGA